CUGGUCUUCUGUCUGAUUCUGCAUAAACGAGAAGUUGAGACAGUUUUUAACCAAAUGUCCGUUGACGUAGCUAAAGACAAACCACUAGAUGACAAACAAGCUCGUCUCACACAGAGUGAGAAUGAGGCGUCCAUGAAUAUCUUCAAACCUAUUUCAAAAUCGUCAGCUUCUACUAAUAUUAUUCAAAUAGAUGAACCUUCCUUCAUUAAUUCAAAUUGUCCGAAUUCCGAUAAAACUGGCGGUGAUGAAAAAGAUGGAUAUUCAGUUUCUUCUGAUGUUUCCAAGAUUACGACCGAGAUAAGCGAUGAUCCGGAUGCAAUCCAUGCGGCGAUCGAGAAACGCAAGCAGCCUCUUAUGGAACUGGCCUACUCAGAAGAGAGUUAUGUUAGACGACUACGUAUCGUUUAUGAGCUCUACAUGCCGGCUCCUUAUCGCUCGACUCCUCCUGCAGAUGCUAGUACCCCUGGCAUGUCUUCUGUAUCUCCCGCUCUACCCGUAAGCACGUCUGGCUUUGAGGAAUUAGCCAGCAAGUUACCCCUUGGAGGGCCUGUAGUCCCCGAAGACUUAGUCGCUCGAUGGCGAAUUCUAUGGGGCAAUUGGAUGCAACUAUUUGAAUGGCACACUGGCUUCUACGAGAAACUUAAGGCCCUUCUCGAUGAAGAUCCUGAUCGAAUACCCAAACUCUUUAUUGAUUCUCGAGCUCGAUUACGAUCAAUAUAUUCAAAGUACUGUGAAAAUCAAAUCAAAGCAGCACAUAUUGCUGAACAGCAUAAAGAGUUCUUUGAUGAGUGGAGAAUAUUUGUUGGAGAUAAAGAAGAUGUUGUUUCGCUUCUUAUGCAACCGGUGCAACGCAUUAUGCGGUACCAGCUACCAAUAUCGGAAAUCGUUAAAUGGACAGAAAGAGCUAAAAUUCCUUCGCUCCCUUUGUGGCAGAAAGCUCUGGAUAUAAUGAAAGAGAUUCCAAAGGAUACUCAGCUAAUUCUAGAGGUGAGUUCAAUUUUCACGCUGAUUAAGAUGAAAUAG